GAGCACCUAUUAUGGGAUACACGUUUUUAAAACAUCCUUUUGUGUGUAUGUGUGUAUAAGUACAUGCUAACGAUAUUCAAAAAGCACAUACCUCAAAGAAAACGAUGACGCGAGUUAUCGUCUCCAACGUUCAAGGACUACAAAAAACGCUCGGAUUGUAGGCAACAGUUUACUUCCUGGGAUUGGUGACGUAGAUAAGACCAACAUUAUCAUGAAUCCACCCCCUCUGCUGCGCUUGGCUACGCCCUCAAAACUGGGGGUGGGGGCGCGAGAACGCUGAAGGGAACGGAAGUGGUGGCAGAGCGGAGGUUGACUGGAGUUAGAGUGUGUUUACAAACUGUUGUUGCGUGAUUAAAGAUGUCUAGACGCUGUUUCUUUAGAUGUGAGGGCAAACUAUCCCUUUAUGGCCUUCCUAAGGCAGAGGACAUCAGGAUGCAGUGGAUAAAAUUCAUGUUUAAUACGGUUCCGGCACAAUACAGUCAAAAGCUGUUCAUAUGUUCACGGCAUUUUUCCCAUGACUGCUUCGCAAACCGUAACGAAUUUGAAUCUGGUUUUUCGCAACGUCUUCUCCUGAAAGAUGGAUCAAUUCCUACUUUGUUUGGAUUACCCUGCACUUCUGGAUCACAGGCUAGUACAUCGCAGCAUGUACCCCACACUGUUGGAAGGCAACAUGUUGAAUGCCAAACUGAUCCUCCACAUGCAACAUCAGUGGGCACACAGUAUGAUCAAUCAAAAAAACAGAAAUCAGUCAGCACACAAUUGUCCUUUGGUACACUAAGGGACUGGCAUAUGAGGAGCAAAGGAUCCCAGGCAGCAGUGUUGUGUCACAGUGUUUCCACUGAAACAACAUCAGCGUACCCAGAUUUCCCAUUCGGAUUACAAUCUCCAAUCUCUUCAACACCUAUGAAGACCUCUGCUUUUAAUCCAAAGAAAAGACGUCGCAUAGAGUUGGAGGAGGAAGAUACUGAGAGCGAAACACUAUGUGAACCUCACGACACCACAUAUAACCCAGAAGACACAGUUGUUACUGAAGAAUCAGAACUGUCAUUUGGGCAAAGUUUCUCAUACAAUGAAAAAAAAUACGUUGUAUUUGAAAGCUGCCUCCGAGACUUGUUCGACAUCUGUCCACUUUGCCGGAGGAAGUGUGAUGUUCGUCAACGGCAACAGGGAACUUUUGUGGCAUUCAGUCAACUUUGCUCAAACUGCAGUUACAACAAACAGUGGAAUAGCCAGCCCAUUGUUGGAAGUACACCUACAGGAAAUCUUCUUCUGUCUGCUGCUACGUAUUUCACUGGUAAUUCAUUCAUCCAGAUAGAAAAGGUUUUCCGUGCCAUGAAUCUCCAGGUCUUUCAAUAUGACACAUUCAGGAGACAUGCAAGGAAUUUGUUGGAACCGGCUAUUGUCCACAAGUGGAAAACAGACCAAGCGAAUAUGCUUUUGGAGUUGCAGAAGAAUAAUAAAAUUGCAAUUGCUGGAGAUAUGAGAGCAGACUCACCAGGACACUCAGCAAAGUAUGUAGCUACACUCUACUCGACUUGAACACCAACACCAUAAUCGACCUUCAGCUUGUUCAGAGCAAUGAAGUUGGAGGAAGCUAUCACAUGGAGAAGGAGGGCCUGAAGCGUUCCCUAGAUCUUCUGGAUUCAAAUGGUCUGAUGGUGGACUACAUUGUGACUGACCGACAUCCACAAAUCCAAAAGUUUUUGAGAGAAC